UGUACAAUGGCCCUUCAGGAUUGUGAGGUGGGCGUGUGUUGAAAGUUGCCCCCCAUGCACGCACGUGCGGACGCCCUCCCGUGCAAGUCCCGGUCCCCCACAUUUCUCAUCCCUUUUCCUCUUAUGGUCGGAAGGCGACGUCAACGAUGAACGGCUACGGCUCUCCGUACUUGUACGUGGGCGCGCCGGUGUCCCAGCCGCCACGGGCGCCUUUGCAGCGUACUCCCAAGUGCGCUCGCUGCCGCAACCAUGGAGUGCUGUCGUGGCUGAAGGGCCACAAGAGGUACUGCCGCUUCAAGGACUGCGCUUGCGACAAGUGCAUCCUCAUCAUCGAGAGGCAGAGGGUGAUGGCCGCGCAGGUGGCCUUGCGCCGGCAGCAGGCCAACGAGAGCCUGGACAGCCUCAUCCCGGAGGCCCUCAGGGUCGUGCCCGCAGACGGGACUGCGGGGCCGGCCCCUACGGCGACAGCGGCUGCGGUCGCAGCCGGGGAGCCCGAAGCCAGAUGGAAAAGUGCCGAGGAAAGACGAGAAAGUCCCGAGGACGCAAGCGGGGAGAUGUCCGGUGCGGAGACGGGGGGCAGCCCCAGUGAACGGGAUCGUGACCAGGCCAGCUCCCCUGAGGGUUCCAAACCAAACUCUUGCUACACUCCAGAGCCCUCGGACAGCCACCCAGAAGAGAAAGAGGCCAGGGCCGAGAGCCCCCACAAGAGCCCCGCCAGUCCUGGGGGGCGGGCAGUGCUCAUCGAGGGUCUGGCCAGUUCCAUUAACCUACCAUUAGGUCUCAGAGCCAACCGCCCGCCCUUGGAAGUUCUCAAGAAGAUCUUCCCGGGCCACAAGGCCCCCGUUCUGGAGCUCAUCCUACGUGGCUGUGGGGGGGACCUGGUGGGUGCCAUUGAGGUGCUGCUGUCCAGCCGGGGUCCGGAAGGGGGUACGCACCCACACGCUGAGCCGCACCCGGACCCCCUAGCGCUCCCACCCAGCGGGCACCCCUUCGAGCACAACCUGGGCUCCUACCACCCGGUGACAUCUUCCGCCAAGUGGUCAGUGGGUUCCGCUUUCAGGGUGCCAGACUCGCUGCGUUUCACGUCCGAGACGCCCACCCUGGGGGUCCCAUUGCAGCACCCACGCUACCCGUUAGUGUUGCGCAACUCUCUGAGCCGGGGUCCGGGUGGUGCCCUGAUGCACAAUGAUGUGACCCUGUGGAACACCAUGGCCCUGCAACAGCAGUACCAACUGCGCUCAGCCGCCGCUCAAUACGUGUCGCCCUUCGGCCCGGGUGCCACUCCCGGGGGCUCCGUCUUCCGGGGGGCCUCGCUGCUACAUCAACACCACCCUAGAGUCAGCGAGGAGCCGCGUGGCAGCAUUCAGGAGGGGGAGGGCUGCGGGCCCGGGGCCAAGGGAGCCUUGUAUUCGCCUGACGAGGACUACGAGGAACGCUCGGACUCGGCUGAUUCGCGGAUCAUGAACUCAUCCGGCUAGAACUGCCCCCACAAACGACAGUGAGCACCACUCUUGAAUGUACACACUUUUACGUCUACUUCCUAUUAGCAUGUUGUCAAGAUUGUGAGCAUGUGUUGAGUGUGACUAAUAAAAGAAAAUUGGAUGAAAUACAAACUGUCAAAUUUGUUUUAUUGCUCAGCCACGAAAAUGAAUGUCACAAUUCUAGAUUCUUAAUUUGACUACAAAUGGUGAUGAAACACAUGCAGACAGACAGACAAAAUAGAUAUGCAAAUUCCAUCCAUAUGAAAUUAUUAGCUGCCAUUUACAGUGAUAAAUAUCCAAUUCAUUUCGACUGAAAUGGACUGGCUGACAGCAAUAAAAUGAGGACCAGUAUCGACAAGUUUCCUGAACGAAAUAUGGGGCAAAUUUCUGCUUCGAACUUCCGGUUUACAAAAAACCUCACGAGUUGCGGUUGAAGCUAGCAGUGUGUUGACAAAGUUAAAACUGCAAAAUCAAACCAGAGGAACCCACCGAAUCUCCAAAAAUGGACUCAGCAUGAUGUAGAUGAGAUUGUAUGAUUGUUCUUAUCACUUUGUUGAUCAUUCAUGGACAAAAUCAUAACAACCUGUCAGCCUGUGUUGACGUGAGGUAUAGAUUAAUACGCCGGCCACUUGAGUGACCAAAAUGAGGUGAAAUUACAAAUUAUAUUACAUUUGCCGAAUGCAACAGGGCUGACACGGAUUUUGUUGUUACAAAGAAAUGCUACAAGGUAUGUACAUAUAAACAAAAAUAGUAUGAAAUUCUUUUUUAUUGCAGAUAUUGAUCGCAAUAAAACAUUUAGACAACAUGACUGAAUUUCUUAUUUUAUUUAAAACAAUUGGUGCAUGUGCAAAACAGGUCAAUGAAUCACAAUUUAUAAAAUUAUUGGAAAAAUAGCAUACGAGAAUGUGAUAUCAGACAGCAGAGCUUCAGAGCCUCGCCAAACUUUCACCCGACAUUGCGGCCUCCAGACGGGCUUCCUCCCGCUGUCGUCGAUAAUUCUAGCUCCAAUAGUGUAUCUUAAAGUUGCUGCAGUUAAAAAGCUCGUAGCUGGAUCUCGGGAUCGAGCUGAAGGUCCGCCGUGAGGCGAGCCACCGCCUCCGGCCCCAGCCUCUCGGCCGCCCCCGCAUACAACGACAUAGUCUCAAUAUACAGUAUGUCCAUCAAAGUACAGUAAGUGUUGCUGUGAGGCACAUCAACUUAUCUUCCCUUGUCUAACAGCGUUUUCCACUUGUAAACAAACUUACAAAAAACUUGUAACGCUUGCGUUUAUGCUUUGACAUAAUUGUGCCAUCUACACGUACUGAUUAGCAACAGGCUAGCAGCAGAUACAGUAGUUGUAGUAAUAUUAAGAUCAUUAUAAUUACAAUCAUCAUCGUAAUAACAAUAUCAAGGCAACAAGUGCUUUCAUAUGCAAGAUUUUAGUUUUAGUAUUUUUUGAGCACCGGACACAUGAAAAUGCAGGGAUAGGAAGACCAUACCUUCCAUAACACAGCGGCAACAUGGCUACAAAAACACCCGGUCUUUGUGGUGGCACGAGCUUGGUUCCACAUAUGCCUUCAUGAACAUGUUGCCCCUGUCGUGAUGAUGGCAGAUGGAUGCGAUAUUUCCAAAUUUUUAAGGGAUUUUGAUGAGUAAUGUUAUUCCAGCUCCACUGUUGUUUUGGAUGGAGAAAUUCUAAAACGGAAGUUACUUGCAGACAUAAGGAAGUAAAGUGGAUGUACCUCGAAAACUUGUCUAUGAACCUACCUUUAUUUUUAUGUAUGUACUGUAUGCAUGUAUCCUGUAUGUAUCUAUAUUAUCUAUAUACUGUAAGCCUACAAUAAAAAUGACUAAGUUGGCUACAAAUACUGUACAUAAUGAGCCUGCAUGAUUAUAUGUUUAUUUUUCCUGCAGUGCAUCCUAUAGCGAAUGA